CCCUCCUCCCUCCCUGUUUCACGGGACUUUUCUCUGGCUGUGUGGACAAGCCUCAGGAAUUUGAGUGUGUGAAGUUAGGCUGUUCAGGGGUCUUGGCUUGGGGACCCGGUGACUGUGAUGUUGCCGGGACUGGUUGGAGAAGGUCCCACUCCCUAACCACUGCGAGGGAACACAUGGUGGACAGGCUCCACAAUCCUGUAUGAGGACUACGUAAGAACCUGGCCACCAAUCCUUGGCCUGAUCCAUCUCGCAAGCCUUUGCCAAUCCGAUAGGUAUAAAAUGCACCAGGAGAAAGAAACCUGAGAAGAAGCUGCUGCCACUGUGAAGGUCCCAGGAUUGGCCUUUGUAAGGCAACGACUGCAUUCUCCUAAAACUCCACCAGAAUGAAUUUCAACAGUUGUCUGUACAAUAUUGGGGAACAGCUGGACAGUGACGAGCUGGCCUCCCUCAAGUUCCUGAGCCUGGACCACAUCCCACAAAGGAAGCAGGAACCCAUCCAGGACGCCCUGAUGUUAUUCCAGAGGCUCCAGGAGAAGAGACUGCUGGAGGAGAGCAACCUGUCCUUCCUGAAGGAGCUGCUUUUCCGAAUUAACAGACUGGAUCUACUGACCACCGAGCUGGACACCAGCAAGGAGGAGAUGGAGAGGGAGCUGCAGUCACCGGGCAGGGCCCAGAUCUCUGCCUACAGGGUCAUGCUUUUUCAGAUUUCAGAAGAUGUCAACAAACUGGAAUUGAAGUCCUUUAAGUUUCUUUUGAGCCGGGAGCUCCCCAAAUGCAGACUGGAUGACGACAUGAUCCUGCUUGAUAUUUUCAUAGAGAUGGAGAAGAGGGUCAUGCUAGGGGAAAGAAACUUGGACACCCUGAAAAAAAUCUGUGAGCAAGUCAACAAGAGCCUGCUAAAGAAAAUCAACGAUUAUGAAGAAUUAAGCAGAGAGGGAAGAAUCAGCCUUGAAAGAAGUCCGGAUGAAUUUUCAAAUGGGGAGGGCUCGCUCGCAGGGCAGGCAAUGUCCGACUCUCCAGGACAGCAGAACAGCGAGUCCCAGACGUCAGACAAAGUUUACCGAAUGGAAAGCAAACCUCGAGGAUACUGUUUGAUCUUUAACAAUCAUGAUUUUAGCACCGCACGGCGGGACGUGCCCAAACUUCAGAACAUUAAGGAUAGGAAUGGAACGGAUUUGGAUGCAGAGGCUUUGAGCAUGACCUUUAGUGAGCUUCAUUUUGAGGUAGUGCCUUACAAAAACUCCACAGCAAAGGAUAUCUGUGAUGCUCUGCGAGAGUACCAAGAGAUGGACCACAAAAAGAAGGACUGCUUCAUCUGCUGCAUCCUCUCCCAUGGAGACAAGGGCAUCAUCUACGGCUGCGAUGGGCAGGAAGCCUCCAUCUAUGAGCUGACCUCUUACUUCACUGGUUCUAACUGCCCUUCCCUCGCAGGCAAACCCAAAAUCUUUUUUAUUCAGGCUUGUCAAGGGGAUAAUUACCAGAAAGGUAUAGCUGUUGAGACUGACUCGGAACUGACGGAAACCUAUUUAGAAAUGGACUCAUCAUUUCAGAAGAGAUGCAUCCCAGAUGAGGCUGACUUUCUGCUGGGGAUGGCCACUGUGAACAACUGUGUUUCCUACCGAAACCCCUCGGAAGGGACCUGGUAUAUCCAGUCACUUUGUCAGAGCCUCAGAGAAAGAUGUCCUAGGGGCGAAGACAUUCUGACCAUCCUAACCAAUGUGAACUUUGAAGUGAGCAGUAAGGACGACAAGAAAAAUAUGGGGAAACAGAUGCCUCAACCUACUUUCACACUGAGAAAAAGACUCGUCUUCCCUCUGAAUUGAUGCCAUUGUUUAUUUGCGUAACACUAUGCUUAAUUUAUUGUUACUAAGAUGCUGCUAUUUUGCUUUUUUUGUUUUUUGGAUGGCAGGAAAGGGAAAGAAUGGGAGUCAGGACAAUCUAAUUUUUAUGCAAAGUCAAGCCUAACUCUCUGGCCCUGCAAUAACAGCUGGACAUUUCUAGCUAUGGGCAUGACUUUAAUUAUAUUUUUAACUCGAUGAAAAAGUUUUAAAAAACUUAUGGUAGAUUUUUAAAGUAUAGUUAAGUUUAAAAGAAAUAUAAUAUCAUAAAGAUUCAAAAACAGUGACAGAAUGUUUUCUGCAUAUCUCUCAUCUGCUUUCAACUUAGAAUCAUUUAAUUCCCUUCAAAUUGUUAAACUUUAAAAACAAAGUUAAGGGUUCCAUUCUGCAGCUUUGACCUUGAACACAGAGUUAAUGCUAGACCAGAGACUUGACGAGGCACAUGAGAAGGGGAGGUGGUGAAAGGCCUCGGAGCAGCGAACGUUGUUAAGUGUCAGGAGACGGGAAGUGUCAAGAAACCCAUACUCGCCCUCCCCUCCUUCCUGGUUCCUAUGAGAAUUUGCCAGACUCACAUUCCUGCUCCCUGCGUAUGAGGUUCAGGGUGUGACGCUCCCACAUCCAGCCUGGUGACAGCUGGCGAGAGUGACAAGUGAUCUCAGAAGGACAGACGCGAGCCUCCUCUCCUGAGCUGGGAGAAGACGCUGCUCUCCAGUGGGAAAGACACCAAGACUGUUUACACUGAGAUUUCAUGAAACCCGGCAUGAUUUCCCUUGUUUUUGUUAUUCAUAAGUACACCAUUAAGUUCACUUUUGAAAGGGCUGAUGUUAAUCUGAUAUUCACUUCUUUGUACUUCCGGUCCUUCCCUUUCCAAGCCAUCCUCCACACUACUUUACAACUUUCUCUAAAAUAUUUCUUUUUUUUUUUUUAAAGAUUGGCACCUGAGCUGACAACUAUUCCCAAUCUUCUUCUUCUUUUUUUUUUUUCCUGCUUUGUCUUCCCAACCCCCUGUACA